AUGGUGGAGACGAAGCGUUUUCGACAUGUGCUCAGAAAGGCCCUGCGGCACAGGUUCCUGUCAUCGUUGCUGGUGAUCCUGGGCGCGCACGACCUGACCGGAAACAUCGGGCGCUUCAAGCCGGUCUCCAUUCCCGUGCGGCGCAUGAUCGUGCACCGCAGCUACAACCCGGCCACCUUCGAGAAUGACCUGGCGCUUCUCGAACUGGAGCGGCCGGUCGUGUUCCAGCCGCACAUCGUGCCCAUCUGCCUGCCUGGAAGGAACGAGGACUUCACGGGGAGAACUUCUUUUGUCACAGGAUGGGGGAAGCUGUCGCACGGUGGAUCGGUGCCCAAUGUGCUGCAGUACGUGCAAGUGCCGAUAUUGAGCAACCAAAAGUGCCAGAAAAUGUUCAUGCUGGCCGGACACGUCAAGGCCAUCAGGGACAACUUCGUCUGUGCUGGCUACGACGGAGGCAACCGAGACUCCUGCGAGCGUGAAAAAUGCGUUAUGUAA